AUGGCUCUUGAUGCUUCUACUGCUCUUGCAGAGCUGAAACUUGACGCCAACACAAAAGAUGAAGCUGGGGAUACUCCACUUGUUCAUGCUGCAAGGCAAGGACAGAUUGAGACGGCUAAGUACCUUUCAGAUCACGGAGCUGAUCCUAAUAUUGCUAGUGAACUAGGAGCUACUGCUUUGCAUCAUGCAGCUGGGACAGGGGAAAUUGAGUUGGUAAAGGAACUGCUCUCUAGAGGUGUUCCUGUUGAUUCUCAAAGUGAAUCUGGCACACCGUUAAUAUGGGCUGCUGGCCAUGAUCAAAAAGAUGCAGUGGAAGUCUUGUUACAACACAAUGCUGAUCCUAACGCUGAGACUGAAGAUAAUGUCACACCAUUGUUAUCUGCAGUAGCAGCUGGUUCUGUGGCAUGCUUAGAGCUCUUGGUCAAGGCAGGUGCCAAAGCUAAUGUGUUUGCUGGUGGUGCAACUCCGUUGCACAUUGCUGCUGAUAUUGGAGAUCUUGAGUUAAUCAACUGUUUACUUAAAGCUGGAGCUGAUCCUAAUCAAAAAGACGAGGUAAACAUCUCUUUAGCGAUGAAACAUUUUCUUUUGUUUCUCUUGAUCAUAUAUGAACAACAAAACCUGAAUCUUUAAGAGAGAACAUAAAUAUUUUUGUAUUCCUAAGGAUUCUAUUAUGGAUAACACUAUUGGACUUA